AGUGAGUAACGUAAAUAUUGCAAGACGAGCAUGAUUUUAUCCAGGGACUUCCAUAAAUCAGAUUGAUUCAUGAAAUGGGUCAAAAGAGGAAAGCGACUGAUCAAGCCCAACAAAGUGCCGCUCCUUUCAAAAAAUACAAACCAUCAAAUGCUAAAACUGGAAGAAAGGGGCGUAACAAAUGGAAGGCUGAUGCUUUAGCAGAACAGACUAAAAAUUCUAAAAAGCCUGUCAGAUUGGUUGAAGAGACGCUGAAAAGGUCCAAACCUGUGAAGAAAAAGAAAAUGGCGGCUGUUGAGAGUCCAGAUAAUUCGUCUGAGCAGGAUUGGUCGAAGGUUGUCAGGAAGCGCUCCAAGAGAAAAAGGACUACAUCAGGUUCGGCGCUUGGACCAUUGGGGGUGAACACCCCAAAUACCAGUUUAACUGAACCAGAGAAACCUUUACCUUCUAAAGGUGUCCCACCAGCAACAUCUCAUGUGAUCGCCAAACACAGAAAUCGAGUGAAAAAACGGAAAAAAAUCCUUGAGAAUCAAAAGUCUCCUGUAAAAGCUGUUACUGAGAAAUUGAAAUCACCUGCUGGCGAGCUGAAAGUGAAAAAUGUUUUGACGGAGAGGAGGGAGACUGUGACCAGCGUUGUGGAGAAAGCAGAGCGUCUCCAUCUACCAGACAAACCAGAAGAGGUAUCGUCUAACUGGAAGCAGCUACAGAUGACUCUCCCAAAACCUGCAAUGACUUCAGCCAGGCCUAAGUCAAAAACUCAGCCACACUCUGCAAAAGACAGAGGAAAAGUUAAGGCAAAGAAGGAAGAAAAAGAACCCGAGAUCUGGUUUGACGAUGUAGAUGACAUCCUAAUUGACUCACUCAAGACAAAGGCGCUUAUUCAGUCCAAGUCGUCGACCCAGAAGGAUCCCCUUGUCAAACAAGGCUCAUUUAAGGGGGUAACAAAGGUGGUUGCUAUGGACUGUGAGAUGGUUGGUGUUGGUGCUGAUGGGAAGGACAGCAUGUUGGCAAGAGUUUCGAUAGUCAACCAGUUUGGACAGUGCAUUUAUGACAAGUACCUACAACCCCAGGAAGAUGUCACUGAUUACAGAACACAUGUUAGUGGUAUCCGGCCUGCUGACAUGGUGAAAGGAGAGGAGUUUAGUAAAGUCCAGAAAGAUGUUCAUGAUAUAUUAAAGGGGAGAAUGUUGGUUGGUCAUGCUCUACAUAAUGAUUUCAAGGUGCUGUUCUUGGAUCACCCCAGGAAGAAGAUACGUGAUACAGCCAGAUUUAAACCAUUCCGUAAACUCUUUGGUGGUGCGAACCCCUCGUUGAAGAAACUCUGCGACAAAGUUUUGGGAGUCAAAGUACAGGAAGGGGAGCACAACUCGAUUCAGGAUGCGCAGGCGGCUAUGAGACUGUACACCACUCACAAGAAACAAUGGGAGAGGGACAUCAAGACGAUGACCAAAGGUGUACCUAAUGCUGUUUUGAGUAGGAAUCGAUCACCAACAUCGAAUUCUGAAACAGUAAAGAAAUGAUUCAUACUCGUACAUCAUAGAUUGGCUGUCCAUAUAAUCUUUUUGAAUUGCUGGAACGAUCUCAGACCAAAGAGAAGCGAUUUCUCAGCCUGAGGAGGAGGUGGACGUUUGAUAAAUCUCUGCAAAUGGCACAGCAAGUUGUGUACCUUUUUAAGGCCUGUGUGAAUAUCAUGACAGUGCCAACAUAUGGUGAUGUCGCCUGAUUACAUGUAGUUGAUGUCACAUGGGCGGUUUUGCCGCAAUCGGCUUGUACAGAAACUGCAAAUGACAUCCCAACCAUUGUUUCACCUCGUUAGUUACUUUUCUGACUGACCUCCGAACUGUCCCUGAAAAGGUACACAAGUGACUCUGCCCCAUUGCAGAUUCUUUCGGCUUCUGGGCCGUUAGUGUCAAGACACCAGAGGUUCUGGAAGUGUAUUGGACUUCUUAGCUGGUGAAUAUAACUGGAAUAUAUUACUGCCUUAUUUUUGUCACAACAGUUCUGAAAUUAAAUGUAGUGUGGAUCUUGAAAAUUUGCAAGAUGAUCUUGUCAAUGUGUUGACUGCAUCAGCUUCCUUCGGCUUUACUGUAGACCUAUCAUCAUAUCAUGAUAAUCAUUUUCAAGGCCUGAUUCCUUUAAUGUGUUUUCAUAAAUUGAUGAAUUUCAUUGAGUAAGUACAGAUUAAUCCAUACAUGAUAAAGGGUGUAAUAAAUAUAUUGAUAAAAUAAACAUGGAUGAAAUUUAAA